GGCCGAGGCGGGCAGCGGCCGCUGGCGGAAGGGCCACCCCGGCGCCAUGCCGGCGCUCGGCGGCUUCCGGCGGCUGCUGGCGGCGCCGGUGCGGCGCGGCGGGACCAUGCCCCGAAAGGGAAAAGGAGCCGGGAAGGAGCCCGCGGGACCGGGCGCCGCCGCCGGACCGGUGGUGGCGGCGGGCGACGGCUGCGUGAGGGUGGCGGUGCGGGCCAAGCCCGGCUCCCGGUGCAGCGCCGUCACAGAUGUGACAGCUGAGGCAGUAGGUGUAGCUAUUGCUGCACCUCCAUCAGAAGGGGAGGCAAAUGCAGAGCUGUGUCGCUACCUCUCUAAGGUGCUAGAAGUGAAGAAGAGUGAAGUAAUUUUAGAGAAGGGUGUCCCUUGUGGGAUUUUCAAAAUUUUCACCAGGCUGCAGAUCAACAAGCAACUUGCUUCUCAUGAUUUACUGAAUACUAUCAAAGUUGUGUCUUCAGGCAAUAUGAAAUGAGUUUGCAGGUUUGCCAGUUCCUAUGUGAAAUAGCCUUUUUUUUUUUCAUUAAUAAAAAAACAGGUCAAUAAUAUUUCUAAUAACGGCUGUAUGAAUCUGAAUGUCUUCUAGAUUAUAUAUGAUGUGAUUUGUUUUCAUUUAGUUGAUAUUACCAACCCAAGAAUUCAGCCUAAGAGUAACUAAUACUCUAUGGGAGACAACUCUGAAGAAAGAUAUGAAAACGCAGUUAUCAAAUGCACACACACCUAUAUAAACACACCCACUUUUAAAAAACAAAAAUGCAAGUUAGUUGGAGUCUUGAUUCUAGGUGAUAGAAGUGAAUUACGGAAACGUCACUCUUUGCUUUUUGUUCUAGCCUAAAAAAAGACCAUCAUUUCAGGGCGUGCUUUGGGACCUGUAUCCUAUUUUAAAAAGACAGUAGAUAAGACAUUGUUUUCUACCUUUCAAAUAACUAGAAAGGACAUUGAUGAACUAUCACUUACUGCUGUUAAUCCUGCAUACCCACGGUUUAAGAACUAUUUUUAAAAUACCUGAUGUGUUUGGCAUUACAGUGAGGUUUUCUUGGAAUGUGUAUAUGGUGGUGAUUCUCUGAAAGAUUUUUUUUUUGUGUGUGUGUGUCUAAACCAGGGUGGUAAAUCACGUGAAAAAGUGGUGAAGAUUUUGGUGUCAAUGACACCAGAUGAAAUCUUAGAAAAACUGAAAAAAGAAGCUUCCAGUUGACCUAAAACAAGAGUGGGAAAUGGGACAACGCAUCUUGGUAAACGGACUGAUACUGUCUCUUAAUGUAAAUCUGGUCAUGUUGAGAAUGUGAGUAAUGAUUGGGGAAAGAUACUUCUUUCAGUACCCCCCUUGUUAAUGUAACUGCUGUGUAGUUGAGGGUUUUGUGUAGGUUUGGUUAGAAAAUCUCACCUUUACUGAGGCUCUGUAUCUGCUUCUGUCACUACAGACUUUUUUUCCUCUCUGGAUAGUUUCCUGUUGGUAAGAUUUUUCCUCUUCCCUGGUCCCUAAACAAAUGGUUUAGAAAACUUGUUUCUUAGUGAAACCAAGUUUGGUUAACGAAGUGAAAGGUUUGGAGUGACAAGCUUCAAUGUGAAAAGUGGUACAAAAGGAAGAGUCUGCCUGAAUGGUAAAGACCUUGGAAGAACAUUCUCUUCAAUGUCUAAUAGCAGGUACUGGCUGCAGUUUUGCGCUAUGCACAUAUGUCAUCUAAAAUAAACAUACCUGAAGCCAAUAUACUAUUGUUGAUCAUACAGGCAAGGUAAAAGCAGAAUGGCCUGAAGGACUGCAACAAAAUCAAGUUUACGCUAUGAGAAACCGACCCAGAACCUGGUAAUUGCAUACACAGUGUCACUUUAUAGUAGUCUGUAGUUGGUUUCCUGAAAAGUAGAGAUACAAUUUUUUAUCUUUGCCAAAUGUAUAUCAAGUGUAAUGACUGUUUUUAAUAAAAGGGGCAAAAAAUAUUAUCAAA